UAUCUGAUAAUAGGGGAGAAGGAUUUGUAGUUCACAUGAAGAGAAGCACCAUGGAGUUUUACGAGUCAACAUAUUUUAUUGUCCUUAUUCCUUCCAUAGUUAUUACAGUAAUUUUCCUCUUCUUCUGGCUUUUUAUGAAAGAAACGUUAUACGAUGAAGUUCUUGCAAAACAGAAAAGAGAACAAAAACUGAUUCCCACAAAAACAGAUAAAAAGAAGGCAGAAAAGAAAAAAAAUAAAAAGAAAGAAAUUCAGAAUGGGAACCUUCAUGAAUCUGAUUCUGAGAAUGUACCUCGAGACUUUAAGUUAUCUGAUGCUUUGGCGGUGGAAGAUGAGCAAGUUGUACCUGUUCCUUUGAGUGUGGCUGAACCUUCCAGUAGUGUUAGGGAAAGAAAGAAGAAGGAAAAGAAACAAAAACCCUUAUCCGAAGAGCAAGUCAUCAAAGAAAGUGAUGUAUCAAAGAGUCCAGCCAAAAAAGUGGAAGCUGUCCCAGUUACAAAGCAGCCCACCCCACCCUCUGAAGCAGCUGCCACGAAGAAGAAACCAGGGCAGAAGAAGUCUAAAAAUGGAAGCGAUGACCAGGAUAAAAAGGUGGAAACGCUCAUGGCACCUUCAAAAAAGCAGGAAGUAUUACUCUUCCAUCAAGAGACUAAACAGGAAGGUGGAGCAGGAAAGAAGAAAGUUUCAUCAAAGAAGCAGAAGACAGAAAAUGUGUUGGUAGAUGAACCCCUUAUUCAUGCAGCUACUUAUAUUCCUUUGAUGGAUAAUGCUAACUCAAAUCUUGUGAUGGAUAAGAGAGAAAUUGUUGAUCUGGUUAAACCUGACCAUGUAGAAGGGAUCCAGAAAUCUGGAGUUAAAAAACUGAAGAUUGAAACUGACAAAGAAAAUGCUGAAGUGAAAUUUAAAGAUUUUCUUCUGUCCUUGAAGACUAUGAUAUUUUCCGAAGAUGAGGCUCUUUAUGUUGUAGACCUACUGAAGGAGAAGUCUGGUGUGAUACAAGAUGCUUUCAAGAAGUCAAGUAAAGGAGAAUUGACUGCACUUCUGCAUCAGCUUCAGGAGAAGGACAGGUUGCUUACCGCUCUGAAGGAAGAUGCUGCUGCCACAAAGGAUCGCUGUAAGCAGUUAACUCAGGAAAUGAUGACAGAGAAAGAAAGAAGCAGUGUGGUUAUAGCAAGAAUGAAAGAUCGGAUCGGAACAUUAGAAAAGGAACACAACGUAUUUCAAAACAAAAUGCAUAUCAGUUACCAAGAGACUCAGCAGAUGCAGAGGAAGUUUCAGCAAGUUCGAGAACAAAUGGAAGCAGAGAUAGCUCACUUGAAGCAGGAAAAUGGAAUAUUGAGAGAUGCUGUCAGCAACACCACAAACCAACUGGAAAACAAGCAGUCUGCAGAACUUAAUAAACUGCGCCAGGAUUAUGGAAGAUUGGUGAGUGAGCUGAAUGAGAAGACAGGCAAGCUACAGCAAGAGGAAGUCCAGAAGAAGAGUGCUGAGCAAGCCGUCACCCAGCUGAAGGUUCAAUUACAAGAAGCUGAGAGGAGGUGGGAAGAAGUUCAGAGCUACAUCAGGAAGAGAACUGCAGAGCACGAGUCAGCACAGCAAGAUUUACAGAGUAAAUUUGUGGCCAAAGAAAAUGAAGAGAGUCUGCAUAGUAAACUUACAGAUACCUUGGUAUCAAAACAGCAGUUGGAACAAAGGCUAAUGCAGUUAAUGGAAUCGGAGCAGAAAAGGGUGAACAAAGAAGAGUCUCUACAAAUGCAAGUUCAGGAUAUUUUGGAGCAAAAUGAAGCUUUGAAAGCUCAGAUUCAACAAUUCCAUUCCCAGAUAGCUGCCCAGACCUCCGCUUCAGUUCUAGCAGAAGAAUUGCAUAAAGUGAUUGCAGAAAAGGACAAGCAGAUAAAACAGACUGAAGAUUCCUUAGCCAGUGAACAUGAUCACUUAACAAGUAAAGAAGAGGAACUUAAGGAUAUACAGAAUAUGAAUUUCUUACUAAAAGCUGAAGUGCAGAAAUUACAGGCCCUGGCUAAUGAACAGGCUGCUGCAGUACAUGAAAUGGAAAAGAUGCAAAAAAGUAUUCAUGUUAAGGAUGAUAAAAUAAGAUUGUUAGAAGAGCAACUACAGCAUGAAAUUUCAAACAAAAUGGAAGAAUUUAAGAUUCUGAGUGACCAAAAUAAAGCAUUAAAAUUAGAAGUUCAGAAGCUACAGACCCUUGUUUCUGAACAGCCUAAUAAAGAUGUUAUGGAACAAAUGGAAAAAUGCAUUCAAGAAAAAGAUGAAAAAUUAAAGACUGUAGAAGAAUUACUUGAAACUGGACUUAUUCAGGUGGCCACUAAAGAGGAGGAACUGAAUGCCAUAAGAACAGAAAACAAAUCCCUGACAAAAGAAGUUCAGGAGUUAAAGGCUAAGCAGAGUGAUCAGGUUUCUUUUGUGUCUCUAAUUGAAGAACUUAGGAGAGUGAUCCAUGAGAAAGAUGGAAAGAUCAAGUCUGUGGAAGAGCUUCUAGAAGUUGAGCUUCUCAAAGUUGCUAAUAAGGAAAAAACUGUUCAGGCUUUGAAACAGGAAAUAGAGAUUCUAAAAGAAGAAAUAGGAAAUGCCCAGCAUGAAAAGGCUCAACAGUUAUCUGUCACGUCUCAAGUUCAAGAGCUUCAGAAGUUAUUAAGAGGAAAAGAAGAACAGAUGAAUACCAUGAAGGCUGUUUUAGAAGAUAAGGAGAAAGACCUAACCAAUAGAGAGAAAUGGAUACAGGAUCUUCAAGAAGAAAAUGAAUCUUUAAAGGCUCAUGUUCAGGAAGUAGCACAUCAUAAUUUACAAGAGGUGUGUUCGGCACCACGAUUUGAAGAACUUGAAAUUGUGUUGAAAGAAAAGGAAAAUGAAAUGAGGCGAAUAGAAGCUGUACUAAAAGACACGGAGAGUGAUCUUUCUAUCAAAACAAAGUUAUUACAGGAGGUCCAAGAUGAAAAUAAAUUGUUUAAGUCCCAAGUUGAACAGUUUAAACAGCAAAACUACCAACAGGCAUCUUCUCCCUCGCAUGAAGAAUUACUAGCAAUAAUUUCAGAAGGAGAAAAAGAAAUAACUGGUCUCCGGAAUGAAUUAGAUUGUUUGAAGAAUGCUGUUGAACACCAGAGGAAGAAAAACAAUGACCUUCGGGAGAAAAACUGGGAAGCAAUGGAAGCAUUGGCAUCAACCGAAAAAAUGCUGCAGGACAGAAUGAGCAAGACUUCCAAGGAAACACAGCAGCACGUGGAAGCUGUUGAGUUGGAGGCUAAAGAACUACUCAAAAGAUUGUUUCCAAGGGUGUCUGUUCCUUCUAAUUUGAUUUACAGUGAAUGGUUGCAUGGAUUUGAAAAAAAGGCAAAAGAAUAUAUAGCUGAAACUCCAGAUUCAGAGGAGGUUAAGGUUCUAGAGCACAAGUUGAAAGAAGCUGAUGAAAUGCACACAUUAUUGCAGCUAGAGUGUGAAAAAUAUAAAUCCGUCCUUGCAGAAACAGAAGGAAUUUUACAGAAGCUACAGAGAAGUGUGGAACAGGAAGAAAAUAAAUGGAAAAUUAAAGUUGAUGAAUCGCAGAGGACUAUUAAGCAGAUGCAGUCCUCUUUUACAUCUUCAGAGCAAGAGCUGGAGCGAUUAAGAAGAGAAAAUAAAGAUAGUGAAAAUCUGAGAAGAGAACGAGAGCACUUGGAAAUGGAGCUGGAGAAGGCAGAGAUUGAACGAGCAACUUACGUGACAGAAGUCAGAGAGCUGAAAGAUCUGUUGACUGAAUUGCAGAAAAAACUUGAUGAUUCAUAUUCUGAAGCAGUAAGACAGAAUGAAGAGCUUAAUUUGUUGAAGACACAGUUAAAUGAAACAUGCACAAAACUUAAAAAUGAGCAAAGUGAAAGAAAGAAGGUGGCUGAUGAUUUACGUAAGGCCCAGCAGUCCCUGAAUUUUAUCCACUCAAAAAUUUCAGUCAAAGCUGUUGGAGAUACUGCUGUUAUUGAGAAUAGUGGUGUUUCCCCAGAAAUGGAAUCUUCUGAGAAAGAGACAAUGUCCACAAGUCUCAAUCAGACUGUCACGCAGUUACAGCAGUUGCUUCAGGAAGUAAACCAGCAGCUCACAAAGGAGAAGUAAUAACCAGGUUUGGGAGUGGUGUACUUGGGAAACUAUUCAUUAGAAGAUAACAGAAGGCAUUGUAUUAUAUUUUGCCAAAUUAAAGCCUUAUUUAUGUU